AUGAAAAGCUUGACACUUAAACAGCUGGUUGAUACAGCAAGAGCACUUGAAACAUCAGAGUGUCACGCUUGGGACAUGGAAAAUUCUUCCACUCAUGAGCAGAAGUUCGUAGCUUUCAUUCCAAAUUAUUUUAUCAUCACCAGACCACUGUACGACCUAACCAAGCAAGAUAAAGAGUGGACAUGGGGUACAGCAGAGAUAAAAGCAAUGGCUAAGUUGAAGGCAAGCUUGACAAGUGAUCAACUAAUGGCAUACUUUGACAUGAAUGCCAGCACAGAGCUCGUAGUUGAUGCAAGCCCAGUUGGUCUCGCUGCUAUUCUCUACCAAAUCACAGGAGACAAACGCAGAAAAUCUCCUACGCCAGUCGAGUUCUCACUCCAGUAG